AUCAAGUGAGUCAAUGGUCAAAAAAGCCACACAAAACUCCCUUGUCCACCGCUCUCGGCGCAUGUUAGAUCUCUGAUCUAGACCCAACUCUUCCCCACAUUCACUGAUGUGGGCCCCUCUCAGCCGUUGGAUCACAUCACAAAUCUUCUCUAAUAUUAUAUUAUCAGAUUAUAUUGAUUCAUACACACAACAACACAACCAAAACCAAAAACAAAACCAAAAACAAAAACAAAGUUUCUCCUUCUCUCUUUGUUUCUUUUGCCCUCUUCAUCAAACACCACCGUACCAUUCACCAUGGCUAACCGAACCACCCAACGGCGUAUGUUAGCGGCUGGUGGUGGUGGUGGUGGUCGUCCAAACUCCAAGUCAUCUUCCAUGUCUGACCAUACCCUCCAUAACCCAGAUCCCAUUUUACCCUCUAAACCUUCUCCUCUGCUUAAAAAUAACAAUAACAUCAGCCUGUCAAGAUCGCUUGACCAUGGUCAAUAUGUCCGUACAGUUCAGAAACCCACCUCAAGGAAUAAUAACAAUAAAGUCAUUCUUAGUCUUAUAGACAGUACCUACUUCCAUCAACCCAAGUCUAAGACCAUGUCCUCCUCAGCCGCCGCCUCUCCCACUGUCGAUUCCUCUAAGCAUUCUCUUUCCAAAGCCAGAACUGGUCAACCCAGAAAAGCAACGGUAAAUGACAAAGAAGAAGAAGACGACUAUGGAAAAGGUAGUGGUGAUUCUUGUAAAGACCAGUCGAAGAAGUCAAUAAAAGAAGGGGAAAGGAAGAAAUUUAGCCAAGUGAUGUUGAGAAAGGACAACAAGAAAGAGGAACAAAGGCUUCAACAGAGACAUUCGGUUUCAUUACCCUUCGCCGGAAAUGGAAUAGGAACCGGCACCGGAAGUGGUGGGAGAAGGAGGUCUUUGUGUGAGACUCAUGUUGAGCUAGCUGAUGUGUUCGCGAGUAAUGGGGUGAAAGUGGUUUCGGCUGAUAUGCCUCCAUUUAUGCAGAUCCAUGCUGUGGAGUUUGCAAGAAAAGCUCAUGAUAGCUUAGAAAAGUUCACCUCAAGAACACUUGCCUCUGCUCUCAAGAAGGAAUUUGAUGGGGUGUAUGGACCAGCAUGGCACUGUAUUGUGGGGUCGAGUUUUGGGUCGUUUGUGACACAUUCUGUAGGUGGGUUUCUAUAUUUUUCAAUGGAUCAAAAGUUGUAUAUUCUUUUGUUUAAAACUGCUGUACAAAGAGCUGAUUGAAGUGUUUAAUAAUACAUUUGAGAAAAAGUUCCAAGAAUUUUUAGUGUAGGGAAGUGAGUUGAGGAGAGCUAAAAAUAAUGCUUUGUCUCCUCUUUUAGAUUGUAUAUUGGUUACCCUUAUGGGAAAAAAAGUAAUAGAGAGAUGAUUCUGUUCUGUCUCCUUUGCUUUUUUGGACAUGGACCUAUUUUAGGUGGUCUAGUAUAUCUUCCUAUUAUGAUUGGGGUCAGUAAUGGAGUAGAAACCCCUUUUGAUAAGAGGAUUAUUUACUACCUCUGAGUAUGAUCUAUAUCAUGGUAAUAGUUAUAUUCUUUACAUGACAGCAUAGGUGUAAAAAAACAAAAAUACAUUGCAAUGCAUUACUUUCAUUUCAUUUAUGGUUA